GGAUGCACCAAUAAAAAAGAAAUUACGUACUUCCACUAAAACUCUUAUAUCUCUAGGGUUUUCUCUCAGACACGGAGUCCAAGACAGCCGCAUCUGAAGCUUCCUCCGCCAUGACGGCCGCAUCUGAAGCUUCCUCCGCCAUGAAGAUCUCUCCCUCGUGCAGCUCCUUCUCCUCCUGAAAGUUGUGGGCUCGUCCUCCGCCGUCACCACCCACACCGCGUGAAGUCCUCUUCGAUCUCUUUGUUUCCAUGGAGUCUCUAUUUGCUGUCUCAGUUUCUGCUUCCCCACCGCCCUCAGAGCCACCAGAUCCGGACCUCGAUGUAGCUUUUCCGGUGGAACCUCCUCCCCCUCCAGUCCCUCCCGACCCUCCGCCGGUUGUCUAUCUUUCCGUUUCUACUGUGUUUAUUGCUUCUUUGGCCGCUGUAACUCCCGUUGUCCGCUUCUCUGGGGAUUCCUGGAGGGCUUCUUCAAACGGCACCGCUGUUCACUUUGUUCCCUACCGCUGCGUCUCUCCUCCACCUUGCUUGAGAUCUGAUAGAAACAGCUCGCUAACCAUAGAUCUGCACCGGAAAUCCCAUCUCAUCCCACCGCAGCCACUUCCCGUUCCCUCCAUCCCCGAUGCUUUAGAUUUAUGCUUUUUUAACACCGAUGUUCGUGGGAUUCCACACCUAACACGGGUUAUAGAUCUGGUUCUUUGUCGAUUUGAAAGCUUGUAUUCACACCGCUCCUACUCCAUAUCUGCCGCCGUCAAGCUCACCUACGAUUCUGGUGGUCGGAUAUAUCUCGGUGAGGAUUCUCCCCGUGUUAUAUGUACCCUUCCGCUGCUCGUUAUCCAUAUCACACCGUAUUUGAAGGGUGAACCUCUACCGGACUCAUCCGCCGCCUCGUCCACUCUCGGCUGUCUCGUCUCCUCAGACUCUGAGUCCUUCUCUGUCCGACGGAGACCGACCCAGUCCAAACACGAGAUGGGCUUCAUCAAAUCCUAUUUGGACUUGGCAAACCCAACAUGGCUCACAUGCCCCCAUCUCCUGCUACUUGUUUCACAGCCCAUUUCAAAGUGGGGUGGCGGUCCGUUUGGGGCCUGAAGAUGCAACGGAUAUUGUCUCGAUGAUAUUCCGAGGUGCGGAUUGGAUCUUAACGUCACGAUUCAAAGUGACUAAAUCUCAAGUCUCCGGCGCUGUCGUGAUACUUGUUUCGACGCACUCGAGCAUUGCUUCGAGUUCGCUGUCAUUCUAUCUUAGAGGUUUCUCUACUUUUAUGUUGUAUGUUUUUGUGUUAGUCUUUGUUGGAGUUUGGUUAAAUUCCCUCUUUAUUUGUAGUUCGAAUGUUUGAAGUUUUAAUGGAAGUUGUGUUUCAAAAAAAAAAAGGAUGCACCAAAGAGAU